CUAGUAUGCGGGGACGGACCCGCGCGGAGCUUUCCGGUACUUCCUCGUGUUGCGGGAGGAUAAAGCAGUGACGUCGGCGGACUGAUUCGGUGGCAACAGCGCCGCAAAGGCAAGACUCCUCGGCCGAGCUGGAGAGAGAUACGACGCGAAACACACACACACACACACACACACCGGGAGAACGUGAUUGAUACAUUUAUCUGAGGCAGGCAGUCUCAUACCGUAGCAGGCGUACCCUCUGACAGAAAUCAUGCUUUGUCGCGGGGAAAGAGAUUGAGGCUGACGCUCACUCUGCUGCAGCAGCGCAGUACUCGGGCUUCACGCGACGGUGCUAGACUUGUAACGUCACCGUCCGUCCCGCGGUCUAUGUCUCGGAGCCGCGAGCACGCGCGCCCAUGGCCUCGGUAAACAGGGACGAGGAGCAGCGAUGGGUGCCGACGCACGUGCAGGUGCUGGUGAUCCGCGCCCGCGGGCUCCGCGCCAAGGGCAAGCACGGCACGAGCGACGCGUACGCCGUGGUGCAGCUCGGCAAGGAGAAGUACUCCACAUGCGUGAUGGAGAAAACCACGGAGCCCGAAUGGGGCGAGGAGUGCUCAUUCGAGCUGCAGCCUGGAGUGCUGGAGAACGCGGGCCGCGACGCACACCCGGCGGGCACCUGCGACCUCACCUUCACCAUCAUGCACCGCGCGCUCAUCGGCCUUGACGUGUUCCUGGGCCAGACCGUGAUCGCUUUGGACAAGGCGUUCCGUGAGCGUGCGUGCAUGAGAAACGAAUGGUACAAGCUUCAUUCUAAAACUGGCAAAAAGGAGAAAGAAAGAGGGGAGCUUCAGCUAACAGUGCAGUUUACUCGCCAUAACCUGACAGCCAGCAUGUAUGACCUCUCCAUGAAGGACAAACCAAGGUCAGCCUUCAUUAGGCUGCGUGAGCGCAUGCGUGCCCGGAAACGUGGUGGAGAUGAAGAGUCUUCCUCAGCCAUUGUGCCUGGGGGUUACGGGGCAUUAGCGCGCAUGCGGGGCCGUCUGCCAAGUGAUGGUGGUGGAGAGGAAGACUAUGAGGAUGACGAAGGAGGGGAGUUGAGGAGGAGUAAAAUGAGGAGUUACUUCCUCCAUGGAAGAUUACGGAAGUCUUCGGACACGCGUUCUAGCACGUCUCUGGGCUCCGAGAGCAGCGAGUCAUCUUCCAGAGGGGGCAGCCUUAGCCCAACUGCUGGCAUCAGUGUAGUGGUCUCUGACCUCUCCAAUUCACCCAGCAACAGCAGCAACCUGACUGCAGACAACAGCCCAGAGCACACAGUAGCCCCCUCACCACUAGUCUCUCCUGUUAGAUAUGUGUUUGAUGAGGUCUGUGACCUUAGCAUCCCAGUGCCUCAUUCCCUGACCACUGACAGUGAUGCCCCCAUUCUCCUGCCCUCUGUCUGUGUAAAUGGAAAUCCAGUGGAGACAUCUCCUCUUACUCAUCAACCCCCCUCACUGGUACUACAACAACCUAGGCCACAGACAGAGACCGAAAAAGAAUCAAAGAAAACUCCUCAGACAAGCCCACCAGAGAAAGGCACACCUACUCAGGCCCAAACAGCCCAGUCCUCAAAUAUCAAACCUCAACCUAGUCCAGAGUUUCAGACUCAGCAGCCUAAAGUGGAGUCUAAAUCCAAGCCUGACUUGCAGUUCCCUGCAGUAGGGCUGCUACAGAAGGGUUCUGCACUCUCUCUGUCCUUGCAGAACCUCUCUCGCCGUAAAGAGGAGCAGCAGGGCGGAGGGCCUGUAGAUGGCCGACGCUGGUCCUUUGACAAACCAGGAGAGGAAGAGAAGGCGGCCAUUGCUGCAGCACUGGUGCAUACUGGGUUGAUGGCCGAUGAAACAGUGGUGGAGACAGCUGUGUCUGAAAGCGAGAUAGAAGGUCAAGGCAAGAAGAAGCGAAGCUUGUUCUCACUUGCGCGGGCUGAAAAAGAGGAAACUGCCCAAGCUCAGCUAGCUGCAGAGGGAAGACACAGAGGCUGGUUCAGUUCUAAGGAUCCAUACAGUAAACCAAGCCAGCUGGUUGCUCCUCAGACAGACUGCAGCCCCAGCACAACCCUUCCCCUUUUAUCCUUGUCCCCCACUGACCUCUCAGAGGGAAUGACUUACCAAUACACUAACCCCUUCGCUUCCGCCUCAUUCAUCUCUCCUGCUAACCCUUUCUUUUCACUACUUAAGCAGAAUCCAUUUUUCCAGGAGCUGCAUACCGUCACUCCUUUAACACCUGCUUUGCCCUUUCUCUGUAGCCCAGCCAUCUUUCAAACUGAAGUGCCUGCCUCCAGAUCAAGAAUCCCCACCCCUCCUCUCCACUCAGUUGAAGCUGGAAAUGCAAAGGGAGCCCUAGUGGAUGGAUCAUCACAUAAUCUUACAAAUUCUGUUUGCAGAACUGAUACUUCAGAUGGCUCUGACAAGUAUACUCAAUGGCAUGAUUUCAAUGGUGAUAGACUGAAACUAAACUCAAAGAUUGGUACUCAGAAGAUGGCCGUCCUUCCUUCUUCCUACCUGAUUGAACCAACUGAUCCAACACACACAUGUGGUGAAGGUGACCUGAUUGUGUCUGAUAAAGCUAAUGCCCUAGUAAGUCUAUGUAAUACAACCCCAGCAUGCACUUUAAUUGUAGAUGCACUUUCUGACUUUGAAGAUGAAGCUUAUUUUAUGCGCUAUAGUACUCAGAAGGCGGAUCUCAAUAAUUUUGUUCCUCAGGAUGCCACAGAAUCAGCUUCUGAAUUUGACUCCUCAUUGACUCAUAACUCAAGCAUAGAGUUCUCUGAACUCAAUGCUCUAGCAUGCCCUUACCCUACACUUUCAAACUGCACAUUUAAUAAGGACAAAGUCAGCGCAGUCUCAGUCUGCCAAAUAAAUAUUACACCAAAUGAAAUGUCAGUGUUGUCUGUGACUCCUGAAACCUCAGCACUCAAUUCUGAAUCAUUAGAUUGUUUAGGCCUGGAUGAAAAGUAUGAACAUGAAACAGUCAAAUGCAUUUCCUCCAAGAGGCAGACAGAUGAUGACACUAAAGGGUCUGUAGAAAUCCAGAAGACAUCUUUGCCUUACUGUAACUUUGAUAUUCUGGAAGCAUCUUCCAUUGUAACAUCUGAAUCUCCAAGCAGUGGUCAUAAUGUCCUAUUGUCAAAGUUCCUCCCAAAAGGACAGAGGAGCUUCAAAUCAGAUGGUGAUAUUGGAACAGGAGAUGUAGAAUUGAAAGAGUCUGCCAUUAAAGAAAAAACAUGCUUGGAUGUCCAUCCAGCAACAUAUCCAUUAGGGAUGUCCAUUCCCUUAGGACCUAGUGACUCUGUGUUACAAGGAAUGACAAUGGAGAAAGAUGCUGUAGGUAAUCCAGGUUGUAGAUCAUUAGACAGAAGUGAAGUUAGUUUUGUUGGGGAAGGUUUUGAUAUCAAGAACGUAAAGAUUCUUAUGGAUUCUUCUUCUACGGACACAAGCAACAUGUCAUUUACAAAGGAGAAAGUCAGUGAUUCACCACCUAAUCCAUCUAAGGGAAGUUUCGAGGUUGACCGUUUACCUGAAACCCUCAGUGCACUUUGUGGGGUAGAGACACCAAAUGGUAGCAGAGAGACACUAUCUUUAGCACUGUCUCCUGGGUAUAUGCUCUCCCAUAGCCUGUAUGAGAGUGUAGACUCUGAGCAAUACCUCACCUGUAUGUCACAGCACAGUUCCCCUACCAUUUUCCAACUCUCUCCAGUGGCCAGUCUGGAAAGUGACAAUUUUCAAGAAGGCAAGCCAAAAUCUGGUUCAUCCCAGGAAGUCCUGACAACAAAUGACCAAUCUCAGAGGACCAUUUCAGAACUACAGCAAGACCCAGCUGAGAUUUUUCAAGAUGCUUUGCCAAAAAUUGGAGGUGUUUCUCAAUAUGAUCCUUCAAACCUACCAGUAUCUCUUACCUUAUUGCCAAAACCUGUCUCUUCACAGAAUACUUUAGCAAAAAGUGACAUUGUAAAAAAAGCCAUAACAGGUACUGUUACAAAUGGAUCAAUACAAAAUUAUGAUCCUCCAAUGGACUCAAUGAUGAACCAUGAUUUGCUACAUGAGAGAAUUCCUGAUACCUUUGAGCUGAUGAGAACAAGGGGAGAGGAAGAACUUUUAAUGUUAGAUCCUCAAACAUUUAUGGAUAAUGAUAUUUGCUCAACUGAGCCUUAUCAGUCCCGCCAUGUCCAACGUGAUGGUGCUCUAGAGGAUCUGGAGAUUAUCACAGAUUUUUGUCAGUCCACUGAGAAUAUGUGUGUCUCUGAUUUUGUAUACGAGCCAACCUCUAGCAUUACUCAGGACUUGGUUAUGACAGAUUUGCUCCUGGAGAACAUGUUUGUGGCCCAGCAUGCUGUGACACAUUCUGUUGGCACAAGCCCUGUCACACACCCUGUGCCUAGGGAGACUUGCACAAACAUGGAAUUGUGUCCUGAUUCUAUUAAAGCAUCACAAAUAAGUAAAAAUACACAAGCAACAAUGACUGCAGCUUUUAUUCCACAAGGGGAGCACUUGCACAGCGCUAUACACUGGUCUACUGUUCAACCACCUCUCCCUGAACCUUCAUCCCUGGACCGACUGACUUCAGGGCAUGAUCUCUUGAUGAGCUCCCCCUUAUCUUUGCUUGACCUCUCACCACUAGCCUCAUCUACACCACAUGUAGCAGUAGGUAUUAAUAGUCUGCCACUGUCCUCCUUUCCUAUGCCCUCUGCUCCAGCAAGAUCACUGCCGCAUACUGCACUGGCUGCUGCCGCUCUUCCCCCUGUAUUUGCUGCAUCGCAUGAUUCUUUCCCUCAGGAAGAACAUCAGGUAGCCUGUCACCUCAGCAGUCCGCAUCCAGUGAAGCCUUUAACACCUCCAGAUGAGAAGAGGUCAGAAGGGCGCUCUGUGCUGGAGAAGCUCAAGUCCACCAUUCAUCCAGGAAGAGGUCAACAAGGAGACCAGGAAUCUGAGAAGAAGCUCUUGGUGGAGGGUGGAGGCUCCUACUACCAUCUGAACCACAGUGAGCUGGUGUCCCUCCUGCUGCAGCGGGAUGCCGAACUCCAGCAGGAGAAGAAGGAGUAUGAGCGCCGUGGCUUGUUGCUAGAGAAGCGGGAGGUGGAGAUUAAGAAGAUGAAAGUUUUAAUCCGAGAUCUAGAGGAUUACAUUGACACUCUGCUAGUCCGCAUUAUGGAACAAACGCCUGCACUGUUGCAAGUACGUUCCAAAAUGAAAUGACCCGAUAGAGAUUCAGCAAACAUUUCACUGUCACUUCACAAAUCUUCCACAAUCCCUGGGCAGAAGUUGCAACCCUGCACUGCUACUGCUACCAUGUAAAUGUAGAAUGAAGCAUUAUUGAACAGGCACAGAAAAGAUAUAUUUGGCAUUCUUUGCUGUCUCAAAAUACAGUGUCUACCUAUGUGAGCCUCCCAUGCGUGGCCAGGUGCACCCACCCCUUCCCUUCUUGACUCCCACAAUUCUUAUUCUUAUAAGAAUUUCUGAGAAAUUUUACUUAGUUGAUGCUCACCUCCUCUAAGCAGAUGGACAGGUGCACCUGUCCAGCUAGUUACCAAAGUUGCCUGUCAGUCAAAGGAAGGUGUGGUCUGGUUUUUGGAUAAUUGGGUGAAUAGUCUUUGCUGCUUGAAAUAAUGCGUUAUCCAAAUGUUCUCUUUUGUUCUUCCAUUCUCCUCACAUUAAUGGGACCUAUCUCAUUUAAGCUCAUAAAACUAUGCUGCUUGAACAGGCCAAUUCUAUAGAUGUCAAAUUAGUAGUUAAAAAAAAAAAAAAACUGCAAAAGAAAGCAGAAUUGGUCAAUUCACAUCUGCUUGUGCCUCAUGUCAUGUCUUCCGCACUUUACUGAUAAGCAUAAGAGUAGAGGCACACGUUAACCUGCUGGUUCCUCAGUCUGUGUCUGACCAGUCCCACUCCCAUCCUGCUCGAGCUAACACACACACAUUGCUGCCACUGCUUUCAGGUGUAAUGAACAGGAUAUAUACUGUUCUUACUGCAUAUAUGCCACUCUGGUGAAAUGCCAAAUGCUGCCUUAUCAUAUGUCUCUGUUCUGUUAUUGGUGAAAUCAUCACUUUUCAGCUCUGUACCUUACCUUGAAGUGUGACUGUAAGGGACUGUGUGUUCAGACCUGAUUACCAACAGACUGUUAGGUUAAAUCAGGUAAUGUCAUAGGCUAUUACUGCCUCAGUGUUGAGCGAUGAACAAACAGUACUUUCUAUAAGGGAGGUGGAUGAUUAUGGAAUACUAAAUGCCAGAAGUUUCCUAUAAUUCAGUGUUACAGUAUUCCCAGUGCAGCCAUGGCUCCGGCCUGUGUCAAUGUGCCUGCAGUGUUUUUCUGAUUUUACUCGGAUGUUGCCACUGUCAGUGUUUUUUGCAGCAUAGCACCAUCUGUAGUUGUGUGGUAGCAGCCUGUGUAACAGCACUUUCAAACCACACAUACACUUAAUUAAAUGGUUCUUCCUCAAAAGCAUAAGUACUGAGCAAACACAAAUACAUGCACAUAUACACUGCACUAGCUCAUUCUCUGAACCUAAGAUAUUUACAGUAUUCCUGUGCUACUGUAAUUCUUAUAGUCCAGCUAAGCUAGAAAAUCAGAGAUCAAUAUAUUACAUGUAACUUGUCAAAAACGUACAAUUAGACGCACUUAAGGUUUCACAUGUUCUGCCUCUUACUGAAUUAUGAUCUCUAGCUCUUAGGUUGUGAUUGAUUAUAUAAAUUGAAUGACUUAGACUGGUAUGGUACUGUGUCGUUUGAGUGGACUCAUGGAAUAUUAAUGUCAGUCAGAGACUAAAGUUUACAAUUCUUAAUAAACCUGUUGUUUUACCUUUGUAUGUCCUUAUUUAAAGGAUAUAAUAUUUAAGCUUUGUUUUCUUUUUUCCUUUUUUCUUUUUUGCCCUUUAAUUUGCUGUUCCACAGAGGUUAUGUAAAGUUCUAUUAUCUGUUCUAAAUUCACUUUUGUGUCACUUUUACUUUCUUACCUUUUGUUCCAUUUUAUCAUCUAUUGAAGUUGUUUAUUUAUUUUUCCUUUUAGGUUUUACUGCCUUUUAUUUUUAUGCCCUGGUGGAGAAUAUGCUGUUCUGUCAAACUGUGUUCGUCAAGAUGUUUUCACGUUUUCUCUUUAGAAGUCUUAUAAUGUAGGAAGCAAUAGUGCAGAGUGCUAGAGAACUGUGAAAAGCCAGAUACAGCCUGCAGUCCAGUUAGGAGGAACAAGUGCCCUUGACUUAAUGUCAUGUUGUAGAAUGUGUCGGUGGAAUGAGUAUAGAAACCAUUAUUUGUGAUUUUAAUUGUUAAUUUGUGAAUCAAAGCUGCAUUUCUGUCGCAGAACCUCUGGUAAGUUUGAAAAUAAAAACAAUUAUUUGUGUUUAUUCCAUUCCUACACUUUUGUUCCUGUAAUUCUAAAAAAGAUAAUUUACCAUUAUCCUUAUUUUAUUUGAAAUAAAAUGGGCUAUCACACUGCAUUAUAACAGUUGAUUUGUAUAUAGUAACAGUUACAUACAUAGUUGAAUUUGUUGCGUUUCUCUUUUGAUUUCAUGAAUCUAUGAAUUUAUAGACAGGACAGGUCCAGGUGAAGCUCAUGGAUGCUGACUACUCCUCAGUAAUGUUUCAUUUUUAAAUCAAGUCUUUCUCUGAGGUGCUGUUCUUUGGGAUGUCCAGGUUGUCUUAUGCCUGUCCCUAGAUGGUAACCGUUUGCUUGUUUGAUUAUUGUAUUGAUAAUCGUAUUGAUAAUCGAAAGGGAACACUAAAAUCAGAUCUCUGAUUUGUCCUUUUGCAUCUCUCAAUGAAAUAAACUCUUUUCACUUUG